AUGCUCCAGUGGAGGAGGAGACACUGCUGCUGGGCCAAGCGCUCGCUGCUCCGGACCCAUCUCAUCGGUGCACUUUCCCUGGUGUUUCUCUUUGCCAUGUUCUUAUUCUUCAAUCACCAUGACUGGCUACCAGGCAGAGCUGGAUUAAAGGAAAACCCUGUGACCUACACUUUCCGGGGAUUUCGUUCUACAAAAAGCGAGACAAACCACAGCUCUCUUCGGAACAUCUGGAAAGAAGCCGUCCCUCAAACUCUGAGGCCUCAGACUGCAACCAACUCCAAUAACACAGACCUGUCCCCACAAGGAGUCACAGGGCUGGAGAACACACUCAGUGCCAAUGCGAGUCUGUGCGCUGACAAGGGUACUGGACAUUCAAAUUCUUACCAUUUCAAAUAUGUUAUCAAUGAACCUGACAAAUGCCAGGAGAAAAGCCCGUUUUUAAUCCUACUAAUAGCUGCAGAGCCUGGACAAGUAGAAGCCAGAAGAGCUAUCCGGCAAACGUGGGGCAAUGAGAGUCUAGCCCCCGGCAUCCAAAUCACACGCAUGUUUUUGUUGGGCGUAAGUGUUAAGCUAAAUGGCUACCUUCAACGUGCAAUACUGGAAGAAAGCAGACAAUAUCACGAUAUAAUUCAACAGGAAUAUUUAGAUACGUACUAUAACUUGACCAUUAAAACACUAAUGGGCAUGAACUGGGUUGCGACAUACUGCCCACAUAUUCCGUAUGUCAUGAAAACGGACAGCGACAUGUUUGUCAACACUGAGUAUUUAAUACAUAAGCUACUGAAGCCAGACCUGCCUCCCAGACGGAACUACUUCACUGGUUACCUGAUGAGAGGAUACGCACCCAAUCGAAACAAAGACAGCAAAUGGUACAUGCCCCCGGACCUCUACCCAAGCGAGCGCUACCCUGUCUUCUGCUCGGGGACUGGCUACGUUUUCUCGGGAGAUCUGGCAGAGAAGAUAUUUAAAGUCUCCUUGAGCAUCCGGCGUUUGCACUUGGAAGACGUAUAUGUAGGGAUCUGUCUCGCAAAGUUGAGAAUCGACCCUGUGCCCCCGCCCAAUGAGUUUGUGUUCAAUCACUGGCGGGUUUCGUAUUCGAGCUGUAAAUACAGCCACUUAAUUACCUCUCAUCAGUUCCAGCCCAGUGAGCUGGUCAAAUACUGGAACCAUUUACAACAAAAUAAGCACAACGCUUGUGCCAACGCAGCCAAGGAGAAGGCAGGCAGGUAUCGCCACCGUAAACUACACUAG